AUGAAACAGAUGGUCAUACAAGACGACCAGAAAUAUCUCAUCAAACAAGGCACAGACACCAACACCAACACCCCUUCCCUCGACACAGCUUCCAUCCUCAAACCGAUACAGUCAAUCACCACAAACGCACAAGUUUCACAAAAGGCCUCGUGCCCGGAUGCACGCGCAGAUGCGAUAUCAAACACCCGACGAAUCGAGCCUCCCUUCGUCGUCGUGCAACAGGCAAAAGAACCGGAACCGAACCGGUCGCACGGAGUUUAG